GCCGAGCGGCCGGACAACGAGGAGGACGAGGAGGAGAAAGGUGCUCGCCCGCCCCGCUCCGGCAUGAGCGCGGCUUUCCAGCCCUCGCUGAUGAUGAUGCAGCGCCCGCUGGGAAGCAGCACGGCCUUCAGCAUCGACUCGCUGAUCGGCAGCCCCCCGCCGCCCGCCCCCGGCCACUUCGUGUACACCGGCUACCCCAUGUUCAUGCCCUACCGGCCCGUGGUGCUGCCGCCGCCGCCGCCGCCGCCGCCCGCGCUGCCGCAGGGCGCGCUGCCCCCCGCGCUGCCCCCCGCGCACCCGCACCACCACCAGCUGCCCAGCCUGCCCUCCGGCUUCUGCUCCAGCCUGGCCCAGGGCAUGGCGCUCACCUCCACGCUCAUGGCCACGCUGCCCGGCACCUUCCCCGCCUCCCCGCAGCACCAGGAGGCCGCCAGGAAGUUCGCGCCCCCCGGGAACUUCGAGAAAGCCGACGGGAUACCCGCGGACGGCGGCGGCGACGAUGGCAAAGCCUUCCUGGGCAAGGACGGGGCCCUGCUGCCCUUCCCCGCCGCCGACGCCGUCCAGGCUUCCCUCGCCGGGGCUCUCCGGGGCCAGGGCAAGGAGGACCCCAAAGCGGAGGAGGACGCGAAAGGCAAGGAGGAAAGUUUCUCCAUGGACAGCGAUCUAGAUUAUAGCUCGGACGACAACAUCCCCGGCCAGGCGGCUCACAAGGAAGAGGACUCUGGCAACGCGUUGGAGGAGAACCCCCAGAACCCCCCCAAUUCCACCAACACCACGUCCACGGGCAAAAACCGGCGGAGGCGAACAGCCUUCACCAGCGAGCAGCUGCUGGAGCUGGAGAAGGAAUUUCACUGCAAAAAGUACCUGUCCCUGACCGAGAGGUCCCAGAUCGCUCACGCCCUCAAACUCAGCGAGGUGCAGGUGAAAAUCUGGUUCCAGAACAGGCGGGCGAAAUGGAAACGGGUCAAGGCGGGCAACGCCAACUCCAAGACAGGGGAACCCUCCCGAAACCCCAAGAUCGUGGUGCCCAUCCCGGUGCACGUCAGCAGGUUCGCGAUCAGGAGUCAGCACCAGCAGCUGGAGCAAGCCCGACCCUGAUCUCUGCCUCCUCCCGCGCUCAGAGCCACAAGUUUUUAAAGGGAAAACUUUCCAACCCGGGGUUUGAAAGCGACCCACCCGAAUAAAAACAAAACCGAGAGAAGCAAAGAAAAAAACAAACAAAACCCCACCACCAACAGCGACAAAAAACCCCACCGCAAAAAAACUAAAACAACACGAAAAAUAAAAACCCGAGCGAGCGCAUGGCAAAUCCCCAGCAGGAGCGAACUUGCGAGCGAAACUUUGGAACCAGUUUGGGUUGGGAGCAGGGAUAUCCCGGCUAGAAGGGACACGCAAACACAGAGAGAUUUAUUGCGGGGCUGCCCCGCUUUGGACCCCGCGGGUGCGGAGCGGAGCCGGCGCUGGAUCCUCCCCGGAGCAUCCCCAGCCAAACCCGCGGCGCCUUUAGCCACCUUUGGGGUUUUCUUUCUUAUUUGCGGGCGAAAGGUAAAAAAAAAACAAAAAACAAAAAGACGAGAGAACAAGCAAACAAAACAAAACAAAAAAACCGAAAGAAAACUCAGAGUUUCAUUUCAUGCCUUUUUUUAUUGUUUGGUUUUUAUUGCCGAUGGCUGAGUGGCAGGCACUGGGGAAUGAGUUUUUCAAAUUUUUUUUUUUUCUUUUUUUUUUUUUUUUGCCUGGCUUUCUGUCGAUUUGGUUUGCCUAUUCUACCAAUCCAUGUUUAAAGGAGAGAAGGGGAGGAGGGGUGGGGAAAGGCAAAAGAAAAAAGAAAAAAAAAAAAAAAACCAAGGCUGCACGAUCUUCACUAUUGUGUUUAAUUUAUUUCAAUGUAGCUUAUUUCCUUAUAAAUUAUGAAAUUUAAAAGCAAA